AUGGAUUCUCGAAAGCCCAGCCUGGACCUGGAAAAGGAGCUGACGUGCUCUAUAUGCACCGAGCUCCUUUACCAGCCGCUCACCCUUCUUGACUGCCUGCACACCUUUUGCGGAGCUUGUCUCAAGGAGUGGUUCAGUUUCCAAGCUGCCAAGGCCGCGAGGUCACCAACUUUGCCGUCGCCGUCCGAUACCAUCUUUACAUGCCCGUCAUGCCGAAGCGCCGUGCGGGACACGAGGCACAACGCCACCGUCGUCACUCUGCUCGACAUGUACGUCGCAGCGAAUCCGGCCAAAGCACGCUCUGCGGAAGACAAAGAGGAAAUGGCAAAAAAGUACAAGCCGGGCGACCAGGUGCUACCGAAGGUGGCUACUCGAGAGCGGACGGCUGAAGAGGAGCGGGAGGAGGAGGAAGACAGACGACUUCUCGAUGAGGUCAGAGAGAUGAGCUUGAGGGAAGCUGCUACAGGCGUUCCGCAGCCGCUGAGACCUCGCAGACGUGGCGAGAGUCGCUCUGCCGAUGGACGGUCGCGGUCAUCAAGGAACCACAGCGCAGACGGCCAUUCGCGAAGGACAAGAGAGGGCAGCCGACGGCCACGCAGGGACGAUAGUGCUAGCCAAAGCUCAGGCCACGUUACAGAGGAGAGAGAACGACGACGAAGGGACUUGAGCGAAGGUGGUCAUCGUCAAGUCGAACACCAGACGUCCUUGCGAUCUUUGAUCGGAUCUGCAGACAUGACUGAGCGCGAUAUUGAAAGGGAAAUCGAAGACUUUGCACGCCAGAUUCAAGAAGAAGGCCUGCUGGAUGGCUUGGACUUGGACAACAUUGACUUGACUCGAGACGACGAACUGGCCCGCCGCAUCACCGAAGCCUACCGACGUCGGCAAAGAGAACGGUCUCGACAGGAAGCUGCAAGGAGAACUAAUUCAAGUGGCCAGAAUGGAGGAUCACGACCUGCGGAGUCGAGCUCGCCCGAUUCGAGAUUGCGGGCUCCGAGCACAGGCCGGGCCGGUAGCCGUCCUGGAAGCGGCUCUCGAUCGGCCAGUGGAAGUAGCCAGCCUGAAGACCGCAGCAGACCGCCGCCGUCAAACACGGCGACACUAGACGCGCGGAACCCGACAAGAAGGGCAAGAAGUAGAACAUCCAGCGGUAGCCGCAGCUCUACGACUCCUGUAUUCCCGACUAUUUCGGACACACGCCCUGCUGCGCGAUCGCAGACCGACCUGGCGCUCCGGACACGGACGUCUGACCCAACCACGGGUCGACAUAGCUUUAGCGAAGGAAGAAGCUCAAGCACUCCAUCAGUUCCUGCAGCGUCCCAUGCACCGACCGAGCUUCCUGCAUCGACGAGCUCCGGAAAUCACGCUUCCUUUGCGAGCCGCGUACCGCGUUGGAAUCCGACAACAGAAGAGAGCCCUGCGACUUCGUCGGAGCCCAUGUCAACGCAGCCACUUCGGCCACACCGACCCAGCGACCUGGCCAUAGUCCAUUCAGCAGUAUCGAGUCCUGUAACCAGCCCAAGUGGGCAUGGCCACCAACGAACCAGAUCGCAGCUGUACCCUGAGCCGUCCAUUUCGUGUUCAAGGUGCGGCAAGGGGCACAUCGAGUACGACGUGCACUACAAUUGUGCGAUUUGCUCGGGAGGGCAGUGGAACAUGUGCCUCGACUGCUAUCGAGCAGGGAAGGGGUGCCUGUACUGGUUCGGGUUCGGAUACGGCGCCUGGACCAAGUGGGGAAAGGCGCGGCGACAAGACGAAUCGCUCGCGCCGCCUCAUAUGUUGACUGCUUGCCGAUACCAUCCGCCGCCAUCGGUUCCAGGAGGCGCAGACGGACGAAAGACUCUGACGACGGACGAUCCGAGAGGCAGGCUGGAAACGGGCACAUUCUGCGCCAACUGUUUUGCCUGGACCAACAACUGUUACUGGCGCUGCGACGUUUGUAAUGAAGGAGACUGGGGCUUCUGCAACGACUGUGUGAACCAGGGAAGGUCUUGCACACACAUGCUCUUGCCUUUGACGCAUGAAGCCUCUCAGUCUCUCAGCCGGCCAAGAAGCCCGCGGUCACCAGGUAGGCCACCGACGGCGACGGUACUCUUGGGGCCCCAGGCGAGCAGUAUCGGACCAUUCAAGCCACUCACAUUUCGGACGAGAUGCGACGUGUGCCAGGACGGCAUUUCGCCGCUGCAGGUGCGCUACCACUGCUUCAGCUGCACGAGUGUUUUGGUCCCAGAUGCACCGCCAGGAGACUAUGAUAUCUGCGCCUCGUGUUACAAUGAGCUUGUCUCUCAGGGGCGUAUUAGCGCCGAAAAUGGUCAUUCUGGCUGGCGGAGAUGCCUGAACGGACACCGGAUGGCCGUGAUCGGGUUCGUGGAUGGCAAGGUCGGGCAGUGGAGGUUUGUCGAAAGAGAUAUUGUGGGCGGACGAGUCCUGCGAUCGGAGCCAUACCAAGGCCAAGGCCCCGAGCAUGGAGACCAGGGAUUGCAGGUUUGGUCCUGGCGGAGAGGGGAGGAGAAUUGGGAGCGCCUCGUCACGAAGGAUGUCGCGGCAACGGCCCCAGGUGUGGCUGGUUCCGUCACUUACACGCAGAAUUUUCCUCCGGAUGGCGGCUUGGGCCUGAGAGCACACGCGAGGUGGUCGUGGUAUCCCAAGGAGGGAGCAGAGGAUGAGCUGCUCUUUCCCAAAGGGGCGGAGGUUCGGGAAAUCGAAGAUGUCAACGGGGAUUGGUUCUUUGGAACAUAUAUGGGGGCAAAGGGAUUGUUCCCAGCUCCGUACGUCCGGGCAUCGGACCAGGUCUCAUAA